AUGUGCACCAAGAUCUACACCCGCCACCGCCCCUGCCCCUGCCCUACGCCCUGCCUCUACCCCCUCGGCACGCUCACCGCCUGCCGCGCUUUCCUCGCCACAGGCCGCUGUCCUCAGAGCCGCGCUAAGUGGUCCGGAGCGUACGUCGACGUCCCGUGUAAGACUUACAAGAAGGAGAAGAAGGCGACGUUGACAAUGCGGGGCCCGCGUGUUACCGGAGAGACGCAAGAUGGUAAUGGUGCUGGUCCUGAGCUGCGCGCUGCGCAGGACGAGGAUGACGGGGAGGACGGCACGCCUGGCGUUGAGGUUGGGGAUGGCUUUGGUGGGUACUCGCCUCAUGCUAGUGAUGAGAGUAUCGAUGGGGAUGUUGAGGGGGAGAGUAUUACUGGAACCGGAGAGGACGAGGAUAUGACUGAACCCGGAGAUGACGAGAAUACAACUGGAACCGGCCAGGACGAGGGUGCGGAUAGCGGUAGUGGCAGCGAGCAGGUAGAAGGUGGUGGGUCGACUGGAGAGAGCAAGAAGGCUCGGAAGACGUUUGUCGACUAUUAUUGGGAACACAGCGGAUAA